UAGGCGAUAAUCAUGGAUCACUCGAGCCAAUCACCCAUUGGUGACGUUCCGUCAUAGUGGGGACCGCGCUGAAGAAAUGCAUAUACUCUGAAGACCGGAAAGACUUUAAACUCAUUCAAAUAGUAGACGUUAAAGCGGUCACUUGAAUGCAAAUAUGUCUGGCGAAUUUAAACUUGGCAAACUCAUCAAUGAGGGAAAGACCAAGAAGGUGUAUGAACUGCUGGAUGACCCUUCAUUAUGUCUGCUAAUAAGCAAGGAUCGUAUUACAGCUGGAGAUGGUGCAAAAGCUCAUGAUCUAGAGGGAAAAGCUGAGAUCAGUACAAUGACUACUGUAAAAGUCUUUAAAUUGCUCUCAGAAGUUGGGCUUAAAAUAGCAUUUAUUAAAGCUGGUGCUGCAAAAUCUUUUGUAGCUAAAAAAUGUGACAUGAUACCUAUUGAAUGGGUUACAAGAAGAGUAGCAACUGGUAGCUUCCUAAGGAGACAUCCAGGAGUCCCAGAAGGAUAUACAUUCAACCCGCCUCUGCAGGAGACGUUUUUCAAGGAUGAUGCUAAUCAUGAUCCGCAGUGGUCCGAUCAACAAAUCAUUUCCGCCGGUUUCAAAUUUGGUGGCGUAAAGAUAACAAGAGAUGAAGUGGAUAUCAUGAAACGUACCGCUCUUGUUGUUUUUGAAAUUCUUGAGAAAGCGUGGGCCACGCGUAAUUGCGCUCUGAUAGACAUGAAGAUCGAAUUCGGUGUAGAUACUAACGGUGAUAUUUUGGUUGCUGAUAUCAUCGACAGCGAUUCUUGGAGACUUUGGCCUGCUGGGGACAAAAGAUCCAUGAAGGACAAGCAGGUAUACAGGGACCUGCGCGAGGUGAAGCCGGAAGAUUUGGAAAAGGUAAAGAUCAACUUCAAAUGGGUGGCGAACGAAUUGGACUAUUGCCUCACACGACCCGAUCCAUUGAUUGUCAUACUUAUGGGCUCAACAUCCGACGAAGAACAUUGCCGAAAGAUUGCGAAACACGCUGCGGCAUUAGGUGUAAGAGCGGAACUCCGAGUUUGCAGUGCUCACAAAAGCACUGAGGAAACCUUGAAUAUCAUCGCCGAAUAUGAGAACUGCAAGGAAAAGGUGGUGCUCAUAGCAGUAGCCGGUCGCAGUAAUGGCCUGGGUCCGGUACUCUCCGGCAACACUACGUUGCCCGUUAUAAAUUGUCCACCUUUCAAGUCUGACAGUACUGCACGGGACGUGUGGUCAUCGCUCGACCUCCCUUCAGGACUUGGCUGUACGACAGCCUUGCAUCCGGAAACCGCUGCAAUCGCUGCAGCGCAAAUUCAUGCUUUGGACAAUCAUAUUGUAUGGUCUCGUUUACGGACAAAACAACUUGCGAACUACGUUAGUCUAAAGCGAGCAGACAUUAACAUGCGAAUGCCGUGCACUUGAAUUCUUUAACUUGAUAUAUCAUAUCUAUAUAAUGAUAUGUAUAACUUGAUAUAUUUCGUGUAUGCAACACGUUAAGGUACAACUAUGUAGUACGUUAUAAUGUACUAUCACAUAUAAUUGCUUUAAAGGACCGCUUUAUCGUCUAUUAAUACAAUAUUUUUUUUUUACAUAUUAGAAUAUUCGUUUAUUCGUCAUUAGUAUCAUUUUUUUCAAUUUAAUUCUCCUACGUAAUAAUCAAUGCAGCUUUAUAGACCACACAUAUAUUGACUGUGUACAUAUAUACAGAUUUAUAUACAAUCCUACUCGGUUAAGAAUAUCAAUAUGAUUGUGCCAUAGAUCGCAAUACAAGCGAGUUUUAUCGCAUAUCAAUGA